ACAUUGGGAGUGGACCUAGGAAGGCCCAGUCAUCUCUCAGUGCACAGAGAAGCCCAGGUACCUGACCCAAGAUGCUGAGGAUCUGUGGCCUCUUUGUGCUCCUCUGUGGGCUGCUUGCCCCAUCCUCUGGUCUUUUCUUUCCAACUCCAUUGGAUUCUAAACUCAACUUGGACCUGGUCAGCGAUCUUAAAACUGGUCUUAAUCAAGCUGUGGAGAGUUUGAACUUGAAUGGAGGGUUAGAUGAUCUGUUGCAGCCUUUGGCUGGCCUCCUAGGACUCCAAGGCAUAAAGUUAGAGAUAUCAAAUCCAAAGUUCUUUGAUCUCACCUUUAAGAAGUCCUCUACUAAUGGAAAAGCCUCUUUAGAGAUACCACUUCAAAUUUAUCUGCGUCUUCAGACCCCAUUGUUUAAUGAGAAAUGUAAAGUAAGCGCGACUAUAAAAGGCAUGCUUUCUUUCAUGAGAGAUCAGAAUGGCUAUGACCAAAUCGUCUUUGAGGAUUGUGGGAUUGUGCCUGAGUCUGUACAGAUCACCUCUGAGAAGUCAUUCAGCUUACUAGGACGUGCACCAAACUUGGAGAGCAAGCUUAAAGGGGUGAUAGCCCAACAAUUGGUGAGAGAACUAUGCAACUCCCUCAAUACAAUGAUGACUAAAUUACCUCCAGAGUUCGUCAGUUCCAUUAGAAGGUCUCUGCCUGAAGGUGAUGUCAAGAUCUCCAUCUAACUAUCCCCAAACAAAGGAGCAGUAUUUGCACCAAUCAGAAACGUCACAGAAGCCCUGUGGAUCCUGGUGACCGUGCAACAACAGAAACUGUGGCGUUCAAGCCGAUGACAUCAAACUCUGAAGACUGAGUACCUGCCUGACCUACACCCUUAUCCAGUCACAUACACUGAAAUUAUAUGAAAGAAUAGAGGGAGAUGUCGGCUGCCAGGUCAGGAGAUAAAUAGUAGACACAAGACCUCUAAGGUACAGACAGCAUAGGACCUUGCUAUCUCUGACCUUCUCCCAGUCUAGAUUAGUGAAUGAAAAAAUGUCUCAAGUCCAUAAUCCAGAUAAUUACAUAACUGAGUAAAAGAUCCAAAUUCAUGGGUUAUUCUGUCGAAAUUUACUGUACCAUGAGAUGCCACUCUAACUUUAAAUAGAUUUGUGUUACUUCCUUGAUACCACUCACCCGUGAGAAAAUGUUAAAAACCACUUGAAAGGUCUUUGAUCUGCCACAAAUAUUUCUUUAGAUUUACAAGACUUACAAACACAAGUCUAGUCUAUUGGUCAGGCUCAUGUGCCGUGGGCCAGUGCUUCAGAGGUGGCUGUUUUCUUUUCUGAACAGCUCCUUAAUUUUGUCAAUAAUAAGACAUGGACUUCUAAUAAAUAUAGGCAUUAUUUUGGCUGUUACACUCAUACUGCUUCUUGUACUUCCAGUCAUCAUCAAAUGUCUGUACAAAAACAUCUCGUCCAUUCAAGUGAAAUUAAGAGGCCAUCUUAUUAAAAAAUAAAGAAAGGGGGAAAUGAUGGGAACAAAGUCAGGCCUGCUGUAUGGCACAGCCCCAGCAGGCUAGGGCUAACUGCAAAGUGGGGAGUUCUAGACUGAACUCGAGCUAUUUUCCCUUACAUUGAUAAUUUAAAGAUUUAUUGGCUAUUGAAAAUGCACAAAUAAUACCUGAGGACAAUGGCAGAAGCAAGUCAGGCCUGCUGUAUGGCACAGCCCCAGCAGGCUAGGGCUGACUACAAAGUGCAAAGUCCUGGACUAAACUGAAGCUAUUUUCCUUACGUUGAUCAUUUAAAGACCUAUUGGCUAUAAUUGGAUAUGCACAAAUAAUACUUGGGGACAAUAAAAGGAGAUCCCUGGGGGAAGUACAUUGUGACAACAAUUAUGGCGGUGAGUGUAACAAGACUAAAAAUGGCCUAAGAGCUAAAGCUGCUGUACCCAUUGAGAGGCUUUCAGAAAAAGAGCUACUUAUCACCACUAUAGCUUUUCUAUUAGCUGGACUCAGACCAAAAGCCAGAAUUACAGGUAGCUUAUAAUAGUAUGAGUGACAGACUGUGGUCUUCACCUAAUUAUAAAGAGGCCCUAUUGCUUACCCUCACCCACAAACACCCUGCUUCCACUUACAGGCAUCCAUGAUGAAUACAGAGCAUGUGUAGUUAAAUAGCUGAUGUUAGGAUCUAUGGGUAGAAGUUAGCAAACUUUCAUAUAGCUAAAAGUUAGUGUACUUUCAUAUAUGCAAAGGUUAAGCAGAAGAGAGCCCCCAAGGUGUGUGCUUACUUUACAACAGAAGAUUUCUUUAGGUGGACAGCCUACUAUGAUCUAGUUAGACCCAUCCAAGAACGGGUUAAGAAGAAAAGCUAUUAGAUUUAGCUCCAGGAAAAAAUGUUUAUUCAUACAGAAGGUCAGAACAGGGAGAUGGUCAAAACAUAGAUGGUCAUUUCAAGGGAACUUUCAAGGGGAAAUUUAGACUACUCUAGACCAAGGAAACUUUCAAAGGAAGAUGUAGGCUACCACAUACCAAGGAAAUUUUCAAGGGAAAAUUUAGGCUACCCCAGACCAAGGAAAUUUCCAAGGGAAGAUUUAGGCUACCCCAGACCCAAGAAACUUCAAGGGGAAAUCAGGAUGCCCCAGACCUAGGGAACUUCCUAAGGAAAACAUGCUUAUAAUAAUAAUAAUGUUGUUUAAGGUUAUUCUUGAUGUUAAUAAAAACAAUCAUAUAUGAUGUCAUCUGUAUCUCUGAUGUUAAUGAAAACAAUAUUACAGGAUGUCAGUUAUAUCCGGGCAAAAAGUGUUUAAAAAUAAAGCUCCACAGAGAGACAGCAGAGACACUUCUCUCCUGCACCUAAAGCAGC